GACUGGUGGAUGGGCGCAGUUCCUGCUCUGGGACAGUGGAAUGUCUUCUACAGAGGAGAGUGGUCAGUUCUAUGUACUGGGUGGUGGAGCAUGAAAGAUGUUAUGGUUGUGUGUAGAGAGCUGCGCUGUGGGGAUGCUGUAGCUGAAUCUGAAGGACCUCUGGUUGAAGAGGGAAGACGAGGAGUCGCCAUAAAGAGUUGCAGGGGACAUGAGUCUACUAUUACAGAGUGUGGCUUCAGAGAAGGAGGACCUGGUUACUGUGAUGGUAGAAAUUAUCAUUAUGUGAUCUGUUCAGAUCUCCAGGCUCAAAGCGUCAGUCCACCAGCUGAACUCUCAGUCAGACUGGUGAAUGGGACCACUUCCUGUUCUGGGACAGUGGAAGUCUUCUACAGAGGAGAGUGGUUGGGUCUAUGUUCUAGGUGGUGGGGCAUGAAAGAGACCAAGAUUGUGUGUAGAGAGCUGAACUGUGGGAAUUUUGUAGCUGUAUCUAGAGGAUCUCUAUUGGUGCGGCUUGUGGAUGGAGCUGGUCUCUGCUCUGGGAGAGUGGAGGUGAAGUCCAAUCAGUCCUGGGCCUCAGUGUGUGAAGCUGACUUUGACCGGCAGGAUGCAGAGGUAGUCUGUGGGGAGCUUGGCUGUAGGGCUCCUGCAGCUCUACAGGGGGGGCUCUAUGGAGGAGGUGAGGGUCAGACCUGGGAUAAAGAGUUCCAGUGUAAAGGCAAUGAGUCCCUUCUCCUGGACUGUGACACCUCAGACAGAGAAAACAACACCUGCCUACCUGGUAAUGCUGUUGGACUCACCUGCUCAGAGCCUGAUGAUGUGAGGCUGGUGGGAGGAGGCAGUCGCUGUGCUGGUGGAGUGGAGCGGUACGACCAGGGAGAGUGGAGGAUUGUGGGAGCUGAGGACUGGAACCAGGAGAAUGUAGCUGCAGUAGUGUGUAGACAGCUGGGUUGUGACUCCACUGUUUCAGUACCACCUGGAAACACCACUAGAGAGUUUGGAGUUCACUGUUAUGGGUCUGAGUCUUCACUGAGGGAGUGUUCCAGAAUGUUUUAUCCCCAUCCUGGACUCACAGUGAUCUGCUCAGAUGACUCCCACCAAGGGAACUACAGCUGUGUUUAUGACAAUUAUGUUUUCUCUCAUUACUUCUCCUCUGAGAGCGAGCUCCUCUCCCUCACCAUCACAGCCUCUCCUCUGCCAGCCUUCAUCAUCAGACACGUUGCAGUGCUGCUGAUCCUACUGACAGCCAUCACCACCUCCUACCUGUACUACAAGCCCACCAGGAGGCAGAAGAGAGUGAACAGGGUGAGCAGCAUGGAUCUUUAUGUCAAUGCCAUGGAGAUGGUCUCUCUGAGCUCCAGAGCUGAAGCUGGACCGGGAGAGGAGAGAGCAGCCCAGGGGUCGGAGUAGGAGUAGGAUGAAGCUGAUCCUACAUGCUGAUCUCAGGUCAGUUCUGUGUUUUAAAUCGAUGGUCAGCAGUGGACUGGUGUUUAAAAUGUGGUGACAAACCUGAAGUGGUUCUAAUUUUAAU